AUGUGUCGUAUUUUAACUUAUUUAUUUAAAAAAUGUUCAUGUCUAUUGAUAAAUAUUAUUUCAAAAUUAACAAAAAACUUAUUAAUACGAGCACUAUGGAAUUAUAGAUUGAUUCGAGUAUAUUUUAUAAUACUCACUCUGUCAUUUACAGUACUUAUUUAUAAUCAAUCAAAUACUAAUGUGAUUUCGACUUCAUUAUUAGAAAUGUUAACUGUUGACAAUAAAGUCAUACAAUGUCGUUUUCCUCAAUUAUCAUUGAAUAUUAAUACAUUAACGUUUAAUAUACCAGACACUGAUCAGCCUAUCUGUCAAUCCUGGUUUUAUCCAAUUAUUAUAGAGAAUUAUCAUGCACGACUAGUUGUUCCCUAUCUUAACUGUACUGCUAUAUUUUAUGUCGGCGAAGGUGAUAAAAAAUAUGAAAAAAUUCCAGUACAAUUAUAUUUUAAUGUGAACAUUUUACUCAUAAGUGAUUAUUUUACUGUACGAUGUAAAGAUCCUUCGUCAAAAGCUAUUUAUCCUAGUUUACCUUACGCAUCAAUACAUUAUAAUCCAAAUACUCGAGAUCGAUUGGCAAAUAUUAAAAAAAACGAAGAUGAUUUUAAUGUACUUGUUUUAGGAUUUGAUAGUGUGUCAAGAUUACAAUUUGAAAGAAUGUUACCAAAAUCAUUUAGUUAUAUAACUAAACAAUUAAAUGGACUUGUUCUGAAAGGCUACAAUAUAUUGGGUGAUGGAACACCACAACAAUUAAUUCCCAUGUUAACAGGCUUCAAAGAAAGUGAAUUGCCUUCAACACUUUAUCGUGAUCUAAAUGCUUCAUUUGUUAAUAUAUAUCCAUUUGUUUGGAAUCAAUAUCGUCAACAAGGUUACGUCACUGGCUACGCUGAAGAUCGUCUUGAAUAUGGUAUUUGGACAUUUCGUUUAAAAGGUUUUAACGAAACUCCAACGGAUCAUUACCUAUCACCUUUCUAUCGCAUGGAAACAACCAAAGCAUUGCUACAUAAAUCUAAUUCACAUUGUAUUCGAAAUCAAACAUCAUUUGAUUUAUUUCUAUCCUAUAUUGAUCAAUUUUGGUCAUCGUAUCCUGAAAAGAAAAAAUUUUUCUUUGCUUUCUUUAAACAAUACACACACGACGGUUAUACAGCAACUUCCGUACUUGAUUCGUCAUUAUUAGAAUUUUUAAAAAAAUUCAAUCAAUUCGAUGACUACAAAAAGACUAUUAUUGUAAUAAUGACUGACCAUGGGGCACGUUUUUCAACCGCACGAGAAUCAUCGCAAGGUAAACUCGAAGAACGUUUACCAUUUAUGAGUUUCGUUUUUCCAAAAUUAUUUCAAACGAAAUAUUCAAAAGCAAUAAAAGUUUUACAACAAAAUAUCUAUCGUUUAACAACGCCCUUCGAUAUUCAUGCAACGCUAGUAUCAUUACUUAAUAUGAAUCAAAUAAAUUACACAGUAAAUCAUAAUAUCAAACAACGUAAUAUAUCUCUGUUUAAUUUAAUACCAGCAGAGCGAACAUGUGAUGAUAUCGAUUUAGAACCACAUUGGUGUUCAUGUUUAGAAUGGGAAGGUCUCAAUAUAAAUGAUACAAUAGUCAAAGAAGCUACGACAAAUAUAAUAAGUUAUAUAAAUAAACAAUUUUCAUCAAUAGAAAAUAGUUUAUGUCAUCAACUUCAAUUGUUUUCUAUCGAAAAUGCGCAAAUAUAUCAACCGAAUCAAGCCCUAUUAACAUUUUCAAGAUCGUCUGAUAUUGAUGGUAGAGUACCAGAAUACGGAGACAAUAGCACUGGUAUAAUAUUUUAUCAAAUUACAUUUAAAACUCAACCAAAUAAUGCUUUAUAUGAAGCUACAACACAAUAUUCAAAGAGAUCUCAUAGUUUUACUACAGAUAUAAAUCAUAUUAGUCGACUCAAUGCAUAUAAAUCAUCGGCAUCGUGCAUCGAAAAAAGUCAUUCACAUUUAAGAAAAUUCUGUCUUUGUAUUACGUAG